UGUAAAAUCUUUUAUGCCAGGUCUGUAAUAUGGAACAGGCAGGGGGGCAUUUUGAUAAAUUGUCCCCAUCUGUAACUUGAAUGGAGAGAGAGUUCAGAGAUUUUCAUCCAUUAUUUUAUUAUAGUGAAAUAAUUGGUGCUAGUUUCUUGUAUACAUCGAGUGAAGAUGCUCUCUUGUUUUAAAAGCUUGAGUUUUCAUUUUUCCCUAAUUGUCCUAUAUGAAGGUUCAUUCCUUGAAACUCUUGAAACCCCAAUAUUCCAAAAUGGAAGUUUUAUGUGAUUCUUUAUGUAGACAAAGGCAUGAAUGUCACAACGCAACAACCGGAUAGCUAAUAUAAAAUUUGAAAAUUUUGUGAAAGUGAACUGUAUCAGUUUUCUUGGGAAUUACAAAAUAAUAAUUUAUUCCUAGAUGUGUGAAUCUCUUGAGUUGACAUUGAUAAAUUUUAAAUUUUUUACUUUGUUGUACUUUGUACAAUAGUAGUUGCAAAGAUGCUUGAGAUUGCAGAGAAUCUUUUACAAAGCUCUCCGUAUGAAGUGACUCACUCUCUUCAAUCCAUGUUUCAAGAUCUACCUGAUGGGAACUUCUCAAUAGAAAGUACCUGUAUUAUUUGGUUCUCUGUUUAAUUGUCUGUUUUCUCUGCUAAUUUCAGUGCUCUUUUUAGCAGUAAAUAUUUACAGUAGGAAGUUCUUGAUUCCUUUACUAUAUGCUGGGUUUUGUAUGCUUCCCUCUAGAGUAGGCUUAUUUUUAGCUUUAGGACUUGGAGGCCUUGAUUCCUAGGGUUUCAGACCGAAGAGCAUUGGUCAUGAUUCAUCUUUAGCUAUUGUUUUUUCGAUGUAUCGAGGAUUUUGAAGCUUAUGUUGUGGGCUUCUUUUUUUUCUUUUAUGGGUGUUAUAAAAUGCCAAAAGUCCAUGGCUCUGGCAUUGAUUUAUGAUCUUCUUUGGAAAACCUAAGAAAUAAGUUAACCAGUUAAAGCUAAAAGUAUGUAUUUUUUCUUUUUUUUUCUUUUUUUCAUUUAUUGGAGUGUCUUAUUUCUAUGGCUCAUAUUUAUGCACUGAUGAAGGAAACCUAAAUUUACCUGUUGGAGUGGAAAUUUUCCAAAUUAGUGUUAUUUCGUAGUCUCAUAUGUUUUACUAGUUUAUAUAUUUGCAUUGAGUAGAAAGAGAGAGAAAUUUCUUGGGUAAGGGUGUAUAAUUUUAUAUGAUCUUGGGAUCAUUAGGAAUCCAUUUCUUCUCUUUGAACUGGAAAAUGGUUAGUAUCUAAAAUUCAUAGUUGUCUGUAUUAGUAGUUUUCUUUUUCUUUUUUUUCUUUUUUUUCUUUUUUUCCCUUUUCUGGGCUAAGCAUAGUUUUCUAUGUUAGUAAGAAUUUGAAGUUCCUAGUACUGAAAGUCCGUGAAAAGAAAACAAAAAGCCAUGGAACUCAUGUUGCUUGUAGCUUUUCUCUUAAUCUUGGCUACUUUAUAUUUAGCCAAAGAAAAAUCUUCAACUGUGAACCUUCCCCCUGGACCUCGGCCCUUGCCUUUCAUCGGUCAUUUCCACCUCCUGAAACGACCACUUUAUAGAUCUCUGUCCGAUCUUGCCAACCAAUAUGGCCCCAUAUUUAGCCUGCGACUUGGAAUUAGACCAGUCGUAAUUGUCUCUUCAGCUAGUCUUGCUCAAGAAUGCUUCUCCAAAAAUGACAUUACCUUUGCAUCUAGGCCUCGAUUGGCUUUGGGAAAAUACCUUGGCUAUAACUACAUGUCAGUUGCUUGGGCUCCCUAUGGUGCCCAUUGGCGAAACUUGCGAAGGAUUCAGACACUUGAACUCCUGUCUUCAAGGAAAAUUGAGAUGUUUGCGUAUAUCCGACAUGAACAAGUGGUGGCACUGCUACAAAGUAUUGUUGAAGCCUCAGAUAGAGGAGAGGUGGUGCAAUUAAAGGAUAGGAUCAACGAGACAAUCUUUAAUUCCAUUGUAAAGAUGGUGGCCGGUAAGAGUUACUACGGAUGUGGGGCUAAGGAUCUAGAUGAAGCAAAGGCAUUUAAAAGAGCCAUUGAUGAGACAUUCACAUUAUCUGCGCUGUUCAACAUGGGGGAUUUUAUUCCAUGGCUUUCAUGGCUGGAUCUUAGGGGAAUUAGACUGAUGAAAGCAUUGCAAAGGAAGAGAGAUAAACUUGUGCAGAGCAUUGUGGAUGAGCAUAGGAAAUUGAGGAGUGGCGAAUGCUAUGCUUUAAAGCCAGAUUUUAUUCAUAUGUUGCUGGCCAUGAAAGAAGAGGAUCCCAACUAUUUCACAGAUGAUCUGAUCAAGAGUUUAGUGGUGGUCUUGAUAGUGGCCGGAACAGAGACCACAGCUGUCACACUGCAGUGGGCACUAGCCCUCCUCCUCAACCACCCCGACUCCCUUCAUAAAGCUCAAACCGAGCUAGACCAACAAGUGGGAAGGGACCGAUUGGUUGAAGAAUCUGACCUCUCAAAGUUAAGAGUACCUAGAGCUAUUAUCAAUGAGACUCUACGCUUAUAUCCUCCAGUCGCCACUCUCGUACCCCACGAAUCCACUGCAAAAUGCACUCUCGGUGGCUACACCAUGCCAAAAGGCACAAUCCUCAUGGUCAAUGCGUGGCACAUACAAAGGGACCCUUACUCGUGGCCAGAGCCCUUGAAUUUCAAGCCUGAGAGGUUUAUGGCAACUGAGGCUGAUGUUAAGGGCCAAGAUUAUAGGGUGAUACCAUUUGGUUCAGGGAGGAGGAGCUGUCCUGGAAUGGGCUUGGCGUUGAGGUCAUUAGAGUACGUGCUCGCAAGUUUGUUGCAUGCUUUUGAGUGGGAGAGGGAGAGCCCUGAGCUGGUUGAUAUGACUGUGGGUGCGGGCUCCUUAUUGAAGAUGGCUGUCCCCUUGAGGGCACUCACAACUCCGCGGCUUCCACCUCAUGUGUACCCCCCUGUAUGAUUCGUACAUUGGCUUUAUUUGAGAGAGAGUGAGAGAGAGAGAGAGAGAAAGAUCACACUAUAAAGUAUCUUUGUGCUUGCGUGUGAGCAGACAUACCUAUGAAGAAUGUGUUAUGAUAUGUUCAUAUGAUCAUUAUCUGUAUUUGAGACUUAAAGUCUUAUGUGUGAUGCAAUUUAUUGUGUUUCUAUC